AAUUAGCUAAGCUUGCCCUAAAAAUACAUCUAUAAAAUGAUGAUAUCAUAACACACAAACUAAUCAACAAACUAAAAACCACUUUAUUAACAAAUUAAACUACAAGUCGAUCAUUUACAUUAUUUUGAAGAGAAUGAGCAAAGUCGUGUACUUGGCUUUUUUGGUGGCGGUUUUGGUGGUUUCAACACCAGCACUAGCACAAGAUGAUGGUAUUCCGGUACCGGAAUGUGUGACCGAGCUCCACCCAUGUGGGCCCUUUAUUAACUCGACCACCGCAGAACCGCCAUUUGAAUGUUGCCAACCUUUGGGAACUGUGAUUCAGAAUGAUCUAUCAUGCCUUUGUAGCGUUUUCAGCAACGUUGAGCUGAUUCAGUCUUUGAGUGUCAACGUUUCUGAGGCAAUUACCCUUCCAGAGCGUUGUAGCAUCCCAUUUGAUUUAGUUGCUCAAUGCCAAGCACUUAUGGCGCAACCAGAAGCCCCAACAAUGUCUCCGGCUGAAGCUCCAAUUUCAGGUCUAAGUUCUGGAAUUGCUCUCAAAGGAAAAGGUAAGAAAAAGAGUGGGGCCAGCAACAUUGCGUGGACUGGAUCAGCAGCUUUGGGCUCGUUCUUGCUUUUUGCAACUUUAAUGUUCUAUUGAAAACCUUGUGGGCCUGGGCCUGGGCCUCCCUUUCAAAAGUCUUCUUCAAUUUCUGAUUUCUGUCCAUCUCUAAAGUUGGGAUUUUCGAUACUUUAAUUUUUGGACAUCCUCACAAAUGUACUUUAUAGUGAUUCUUCAUUUGAAUUUUUUUUAUGGAGGGUAUUCAUUUAUUUGAUUAUGUUAGUGUGAUUUAAAACUAACUUAAUCAUAUUA